UCUUACAACAGAGAAAAGGUUGGAUGCUGUGCUUCAUGUUGAUUCCGAUGGUGGCCAGCCUGAAGUUAUUCGUAGGCUCCCCCACCCGCCCGGUUUGUUUCGCUGUCUGCUUUGUGUGCGUUUUCUAUUUCUGUCGGCAUUCCUUUUCUAAAGUGUGUUAACCUUCCCAUUAUAGUUAAGCAGAACAAAAAUGCGGGUGUUGUUGAGCUUGUACCGAAAUGCGGUUCAAAAGUACCCCAUGAGCUUACAGGCAGCUCAAACUGGACUUCUUAUGGCAACAGGAGACAUAGUUGCUCAAACAGUCAUUGACAACCGCAGGUUUCUCGAUUUGGAUGCUGGGAGAAUAGCUCGAUUUGGAGCUAUUGGCGUAUGUCUGGUUGGUCCUACCCUUCAUGUCUGGUAUGGUUUCAUGGAGCGUCACUUAGGUGCAACUGGGGUCAAAGCGCUGGUCAAGAAAGUGUGCGCCGACCAGCUCAUUUUUGCGCCAUCAUUCAUUGUUGUACUUCUAUCUGUUAUCGGUCUAUCUCAGGGGAAAAGUGCAGUGCAAGUUAAAGAACAGCUAACUGCUACUUACCCGGAUGUACUUAUCAAUAAUUAUAAGUUGUGGCCAGCUGUGCAGCUUUUCAACUUCUAUCUUACUCCUCUGCAGUACCGAGUUGUAGUUGUUCAAACUGUUGCUAUAUUUUGGAACACCUAUUUGUCAUGGAAAACUAAUCCAAACCAAGGUAAAAUUAUGGUGCCAGAAGAUCCAAAUCUGACAAUGUGAGAAUUCAGAUUUUACCUAUUCCUGUCAAAUCAAAGAAAUUCAUGAAUUUAUAGCUUCUAUAAUGGUUUUCAAUAACUAAGAGCACUCCAAGAGAAGCAUUCCUUUUAAUGUUAAUUAACCAGUGGACCAAGCUUGUCUUCUAGACUAAUAAUUCAUCUUGAUGAUCUAAUCAUGAUUAUUAUUAUGUGUUUUCCAAAAUAUUGCAUUUGGAUUGCAUACUUAAUCUGUGAAAUGCCUAAAACAUUUCUGAUAAUGUCGCCAUAGUAACAUUUAAGCAGAGGGGUAAGAUAGUCAAGUAAUCAGUAUUUUCUAACAUAUUUUAAUAGUAUGUCUAAGUGCUAAUAUUUUUUAUUUUUGUUAAAGAAAAAGGAAGCACAAGUCACCCAAUUAUGUGAACAAGAUGAUGUUGCUAUAAUGAAUGAGCGAGCAAUGAUAGCUCCAAUUUAUGUUAAAGUCUGCAUUCUUAAUGUUAUGGGAAACAAAUUUACAUACUGUGCGAUCUCUAUAGGCCAAUAGUUUUCAAAUAUUAUGUGUUAUUCAUGUUUACCUUUAAAGUUUUACCUCCCAGUAAAUAAUUUUUUCUUCUUUUCCGUUUCUAGUACUUAAUUGCGUACAGAAAAGUUUGCUUUUUUGAGGUAACUCUAGAAAGUCUACUGAUGUGGCAAACUCAAAUUACUUGUCAGUUUCUUUAAGUCUACUUUUCUCUUUACUGAAUAAAAUUUUUAGUUGACUUGAGACUUGGUAACAUUGUAAAAGGUGCCACUGGUUGAAGAAGUAUUCUCUCUUGGAGACAGUUCAACCGUGGUUCCACUAAUCAAUCAGGUAUUUCAAUAGCUGUGAAAUGAGUUCACUGUCCCCACUCCUAUAAAGAUAGAUCCUUACAAGACUUGUUUUUGUUCAUUUUUGUUCAGUGUGUUACACAUUGUGAUACAUGGAUGAUUUUUGUGUUAUUUUCUCAAAGGGGUGUGUGAUGUAUUAUUCCUGCGAGACUAGUUGCUGUCAGGCACAAUUAGCCUAUUACUCUUACCUAGCAUACAUGAUGCAUUGAGUGAAAGAUCUGUUUCUGUGGUAUUAUCUCUUAUCUUGGCUGCACCUUUAAUUCAAGGUUACAGUCAAAAGGAAGAAACACCCUUGAAGUUUUAUUAAUAUUGAAAAAAUUAACGUCUUCCAUUCUCCUUUUUAUAAGUGCAAGACAAUGUGGCUGUUUCACAAACCCAAAAAAAUAUUUAUAGUUGUUAAAUAUCUAUCUAAGAGCUGUUAUUUUUGAAUGAAGAACUCUCUAUGAAUGAAUGAGCACGUUGUCUAUUGAAAAAAAAAGCUAUGGUAAAUAAUACUUGUAAGUUUACACCUCCUCCUACAUGUGAUAACUAGAUUAACUUAGAGUAAAUCUGCUUCAUUAAAAAUGUUCGAUCCAA